AUGGCCCGAUUCCCUGGUCCUCGAAUAGCUGGACUGACUAAAUGGUGGCUCCGGUGGCACGAGAUCCGAGUAGGAAGACGGGACCCAACCAUUGAAGUCCUACACAAGAAAUAUGGUCGCCUAGUGCAGAUAAGUCCAAAACAGAUCUCGGUCAAAGAUAAUCAUGGUAUCAGAGACAUCUUCAUGGCCAACAGACAUCUCAAUCGACCCAGUCCUUUACUGAUGCUGCACAAUUACAAGAGCGAGAAUCUUGUGUCCACAGUAGAUGGUGAAUUGCAUCAGCGACGAAGGAAGCCGCUGAGGUCUCUCUACUCGGCUCGAGCUGUGGAAACACCAGAGAAAUACGCUGUAUUUGCCAGUUGUCUGGAUUCUCUUACUGGAUAUAUCGACGGAGAGAUCAAGUCAGACAAAGUCGUUGACAUGUUUCCGAUGUUUCGAUGGCUCGGUGCUGAUAUCUCGACCCAGUUAGCACUUGGCAAGGACUACUCUCUGGGUAUAUUUGCUGACGAGGAGCGUCGUGCUCAAUUGAAAGGAGAUGUGCAAUUAUUGGAUGAUAGAAUCUUUUCUGUUCCGUCAGCUCUCAUGUUGUUUUUUCCAAGAUUCAUAAUGUGGCUGGACAGAGUGCGGACAUUGCCAAAUUGGUUUGAUUUAUCACCUUCGGAGUCCUCCAUCUUUACAAGAAGUAUUCGAAAGCAUAUCGCUCAGCUUCGGAAACAUGAAACAAUCGCAGCUGCCGGGUUCGAGACUCAUGCUCAAAGACUCAUGAAUCACGUCCACGCCCAAGGAUAUUCAGAUGCCAUCCCUGACGAUAAAUACAUCAUGAGCGAUACCUUGGAUCAUAUUUCAGCAGGCACGUCGACCACAGCAGAUGUCCUCUGCGCUGCUGUGUUUCACCUCUCACACCCGAAAAACAUCCAUCGCCAGCAGAGACUGCGAGACGAGUUGGCUCAAUCAGGAAUCACAUCUGCUGCAACGCCUUCAUUCUCUCAGGUCAAGCAGGUUGCAUACCUCGAGUGCGUGAUUCAGGAGACUUUGCGACGCAACCCUCCAAUCAGUGGGUCUAUUGAACGAAAAGUCCCACCCCAGACUUCAGUGCAAGUACAAGGCCAUACACUGCACGAAGGAAUGGAAGUCAGCGCUCAACCUUACUCAGUCCAUCGCAACGAAAUGGCCUUCUCCGACGCUGAAUCAUGGAACCCUGAACGAUGGGACAUCCCGCACCACUCGGAGAGCUAUGGUAUGAUGCGACGACAUAUGAUGCCCUUCGGGGCGGGCCCUCGCAUGUGCAUCGGCAUGAAUGUCGCUCGUGUUCAGCUUCGUCUCACCUUGGCACGAAUCUACUCCUCUUUCCGGACCGCGCUUGCACCAGAUUGGUUUGAUCAACACGGUGCGGUCAUCGAUUUCGAUAAGAAAAAGUCUCUUAUCCCGUCGAAGAACAGUAUGCCUAUAUUCUUCGAGCGAUUGCCGUCGGAGGGCGAGUCUGUGGGAUAGAGGAUGUGUGUGUUUGUGUUUAUUGGUGUUUGUAAGAUUUUGUGCCUGGAUGACUUGCAUCCGUUGUACACCAC